AAUCUCGUUAACAGGGAGAGCGUGUUUUUGUGCGUGGUGAGUCAGCCCACAGUGCGCGCAGCGGAGGCCGGCAGCGCUCCAGCCUGCUCAUCCUGAAAGCAAAUAAGAUGAACGUCGGCGUGGCACACAGUGAAGUGAACCCGAACACUCGUGUGAUGAACAGUCGGGGGAUAUGGCUGACAUAUGCACUCGGUGUGGGAAUGCUUCACAUUGUACUGUUGAGCAUUCCUUUCUUCAGUGUUCCUGUUGUGUGGACCCUCACAAAUGUUAUUCACAAUUUUGGUAUGUAUGUGUUUAUGCAUGCAGUGAAAGGCACGCCAUUUGAAACUCCAGACCAGGGCAAAGCAAGACUUCUCACACACUGGGAACAGCUGGACUACGGCGUGCAGUUCACAUCAUCUAGAAAAUUCUUUACAAUCUCACCAAUCAUUUUAUAUUUUCUUGCCAGCUUUUACACAAAAUACGACACAGCUCAUUUUGUGAUUAACACAGCUUCCCUUUUGAGUGUUCUCAUUCCAAAACUGCCACAACUCCAUGGGGUCAGGAUCCUUGGAAUAAACAAGUAUUAAGCCAAGUGCUCAGAGGGCACAGACCAACUCUCAUUUGAGCUGUUGCCUGAUAUGGGAAAGAAGGUAUCUCUUUGUACUUUGUACCACAGUUGUGUACUUAGCAGUUUUGUACAGUCUGUGUAAUUGUGAGUCUCUUUGUUAAAUAUAUGUUGAGAAAACUGUUGUAGGGAUAUAUUAGGAGGACAAUUCCUCUAGCAUUAAUAACUUAAGAUAUUAAAAGUGUUUUUGCGUUCCUUGUGGAUCUGGGCUGGCCCAGGUUUCAUGGUUAAUUUUGUUUAAUUCAUUUUUCGUUUAAAUGUGCUCACACCACUGAUAAACUAGAUCAUGCUUUUAGCAUCAUUUCACAUUUCUGUAUGUUUUCUUUGACAAUGCCAUGAAUUAUGUUUUUAAAACAAUUUAAAAGCCAUGAAACCAUUCUUCGUUUUCCUGCAUUUUGUUAUCAUUGCUUAAUAGAAAAAAAUAAUAAUAAUAAUAAUUUGCAUGAUUUCCUGAACAUUUUGUUUAAUUGCAGUACUGUGUAUAAUUUUAUGUUUGGUUAAUGUUUUGCAGAUUAUAGGUGACAAUGGAAAAUGCAUUAACAAAACUUUUAAUGCUUUGUCUGAUAUGUACUUACAUAUUCAUAAAAGUCAACAUGAAAUUAAAUUUGGCCCUUUUUCUACUUUCUUAAUGCACCAUCCUGGUCUUAUUUGUCCAUGUUUGUCUUUGUAAUAUUUGAUCAAAAUUUAAUAACUUGCUUCACCUUCAAAACAACUUUCCUCUUAUUUAUCAAUCCCUCCCCUCCAACUACCUGAAUCCAUUCUGGUAUAUAAUGUCCACUUUUCACAAUCCAAUCAAUUCAAGUAAAAACAAAAAACAAAGUUGUUGUUUUUUCUCACUGGAAACCUGUAACAUGACAUAAAGUGGGUUGCAAAUGCCAUUUCUUGUUGACUUUAGUAUGUAAUUGUGAAAGUCUAUCAUUAUUAAGGCAGUUUGUCCUGUUUCAUACUCUGCCAGUUUUCUCUGAAGCUGAAACAUUGUAAUGUAGCCCCAUUAAAAUAUUUGUAUCCUUACUGUCUUUGUCUUUUGAGAAUAUCUGCAAAGGCUGAAUUGUACCAAUUGUUUAUUUUUUAUUUUUCCUUUCGUUUCGAGAAAAGAUUUGAACAUAGUAUGUUAUGUGUUGUGACAAAUAAAAAAGCAUUACAAACUG